CACUAGAAUCCGAAGACAAAUCUAAAACCCUACUGCUCCUAUCUUUGGGAAAUCACCAAAUUGGCUGCCUCAAAUUCCCAAUCUUGCCCCUAAAAGAUGCUAAAUUUCCUUUGAUUACCAUGUCGUCCGAGGAAAUCAGCCUCCAGAACGGCCCUGACGUCUUCCAAGCGAACCCCAUACGGACCUUCAAUUGCGGACCUCCGAUCACUAAUCGACCCGGCUCCAAGAUCCGAGAACUCACCGGCUUCAUCGACGACAAGAUAUUCUCAUUCCUUCCCUCUCAACCGCCCGAAUUUCGCUCCUCCAACAUCUUCGCCGCCGCCGUCUCUUCCGCCUCCACAGACCGCCGAGACCCGCCCAACCGUCACCAUAGGAACUGGGAGAGAAGCGCCGAGGGUUGCUCCACAAACAGUGGCGAAGACGAAUCUGACGGAGACGAUGUGGAUGACGAGGAUGAUGAUGAUGACGACGGAGAAGAUGGCGACCAAAAUGAUAAUAAUAAUAACCGCAGUAAUAGUAUCAACAUAAAUAAUAAAAGCACUAGUGGAAAUGAGACUGUAAGUAACGCAGGAAGUGGAAACCCCGAAAAUAUGGGAAACGGAAAAGCAAAGCAUCCCUUCGUGGGAGGGAGCUGCAGAGAACUGGUAGUAAAAGAAGGAGGAAUAGGGCUGGGGGUGGGAGACGGUAAUACUUAUCAGAAUGCAGUGACAAUUGCCGAUCCCAGUGGGGAUAUUUAUUACACCCAGUAUUUGCAAGGUGGGGAAGGGUCUGCUGCUAGUGGUGGUAAUGGUCAGAAGGAUAUCUUGGUGGGGAAUGGUGGUGGUGGAUGUGGGUUUAGUGGGAGGAAAGAUGUUCCCUUUAUGAACGAGUCCGGUGAGUCCUUGCGGACCAUUUUUUCCGACCCUGUCACGGGAGCACUCAUGGACGAUGCAAUGAUAUUACCUUGUGGACAUUCCUUUGGUGCGGCUGGAAUACAGCAUGUUCUUAGAAUGAAAGUUUGCUACACUUGUUCGCAGUCAGUUUCAGAGGAGUCGGUAGCUCCUAAUCUUUCUCUCCGAGCUGCAGUGCAGGCAUUUCGUCAGGAAGAAGAGUUACAGUUCUACCGCUCACCUAAAAGGAGGAGAGAAAGAUUUGAUCAGGAUAAGAGUAGCUAUGGUGAAUCAAUUAUGAUGGAUCUUCCAAGGGGUAGGGGUGUCCAGUUUCCGUUUGCUGUGACAGACAGGGUUAUCAUAAAGGGUAACAAGAGGACACCACCACGCUUUGUUGGACGUGAGGCUGUUGUAACUACACAAUGCUUGAAUGGAUGGUAUGUGGUGAAGACGUUGGACAAUGCAGAGAGUGUUAAACUGCAGUAUCGGUCGCUUGCCAAAGUUGCAGACGAGACAUCAUCGUCGAAGGCAACAUCGAGCAAGGCGGGACCAAACUGGUUGUAGUUCACCUGUGCAGCAAUUAACUAUUACACGGGGCAUUGCCGAUUAGAUUAGCCGAGGUUCGAUGUUUAAUCUAACUUCAAAUACUUCUUUCCACUAUUAUUAUUACAGUGUUUCAUGAAACCGAACAUAGAAUGUGGUAUUAUUAUUAUCCUUGUAAAUUACGAAAAACGCUUCUCUCACUCACGUUGUGUAGCUUGAGAAACCCUAAAUUUAAGUCCUCCAAGACUCCAACAUAUGUAAUCAUUUUUCAAUUA